GGACGCUGCCCGCGCGCCCCGCGCAGGCGCAGUGCUGGCUGGCGGCGGAGGGGGCGAGCGCCGCCCACGGCCGAGCCCGCGCCUAGCCUUUCAGAGCGCUGGAAGAUGUCGGGGUUUCUGGAGAGCCUGAGGUGCUCGGAGUGCGUUGACUGGGGGGAGAAGCGGAACACGAUCGCCUCGGUCGCUGCCGGGGUGCUGUUUUUCACAGGUUGGUGGAUAAUCAUAGAUGCAGCUGUAAAGUACCCUGAAGUGGAAGACUUCAACCAUUCGUACCAUGCCUGUGGGGUUAUAGCCACUCUUGCAUUCCUAAUGAUCAACGCGGUGUCUAACGGCCAAGUGCGGGGUGACAGUUACAGUGAAGGCUGCCUGGGACAAACAGGUGCUCGGAUCUGGCUGUUCAUUGGUUUUAUGAUGGCUUUUGGAUCUCUGAUUGCUUCCAUGUGGAUCCUUUUUGGAGGCUACGUUGUUAAAGAAAAAGCAGUAGUGUACCCAGGAAUAGCUGUGUUCUUCCAGAAUGCAUUCAUCUUUUUUGGAGGACUGGUCUUCAAAUUUGGUCGCACGGAAGACUUGUGGCAAUGAACACGCCUGUGGAAGUGCAUUGGCCACGCUGGGUUUUUAACUGCACACUCCCAACGUUUUGUAAAACCAUUUUGUAAAGGGCGACUUUCAAUUGUGUCUGAAGAUGAACCAGGGAAAACUCAAAUCAUAGCACUAAAAAUUCCGGUUCUGUGCUGUUUCAUUUUUUACUCUUGUAUGCUGAUUGCAACGUGUAAUGGUUUUGACACAUGUAGAAUUGCUGCACGUCACAAUGGAAGUCACUUUUGUGAUACCAUGUUUGCUACAAGUAAAUAGUGUAGUGGAAAAUGGAUGUAUUUAACCAGCUGUUUCUACGACGUUAGUUACAAUCCAAGACUUACUAAAAAUGCUUUAAAACAACUUUUUAACAUCUAUUUAUUAAAUAUUUCCUAUAUCUGGACAAUAUAACCAUUUCUUCCAUUUCAGAACUUACUGGUGUGUGGCUUUUCUUGCAUAAUAUAGAACUAUGCUGCUUUGUAGUUCCUCUCCACACACACACAAUUUAAUUUGUCCUAUGGCAGUAAUGAGGAAGUCUCUGGUGAGUAACAACUCACUGUUGCUAUGGAUUACGCUGUAGAGGCACAAGUACAAGUUGUGUAGUGGCUCUAGGUGGAAGCAGCUCAUCCACAGACCUUAAUGUCAGCUGUUUUGUAACCACUGUGAAAAAAGGAAGAGUUCUCUCUUUGGCAGAGAAUAUUCCUCAGGACAGUCACUGCCAGAGAGGAUGUUGAUCCUGUGUCUGCCCCUUCCUAUGCAUUCACCUGGGUUGCUGCUCAAGAAAUCAAUGAUAAAAGAGAUGUGGGGAAAAGAGGGCGAAUAAAAUACUAUUCCUUAGCAGCGCUCCUGCUAGAA